AUGGCUGAUAAAGAAAAUGAAGAUCUCCAAAUGGCAAUAGACAUGAGUAAGUCAACCUCGUACCCGGAACCUAAAGACAAUUAUAAUGAUUCUCGCGCCGUCGUUUUGUAUAGUGGCAAUAAGGACGAUUGGGGCAAUGUAGAAGGCUAUUGGAAGGGUCAAAAACAUUAUUAUACCAAUGAUGAUAAAUCUAAGCUUUAUAGUAACGCGAAUCGACAGGAAUCUUUAAAAUGUGAUCAAUUAGUGGAUGUUUUGGAUUUUGAUGAAAAAGCAAUCUGGAAUGAAGCAGAAGUCGUGUCUAGCUUUACUAAUAAAUUAAUUGCUAAACUGCUGGAAGGAUCGAACUAUCGGGAUCGAGUUUCCGGGGAUCAAGACAUUCCUGCAGAACUUCAACCUUAUAUUUUAGAUUUUGAAAAGUAUAAUAGUGACGGCAAUCCUAGUUUUCCUACUUUCCAAGGAGAUUCAACAUUCCAAGUUCUUAAGGAAUUAUACAUGGAUCGUUACAUGUAUGAAAAUAGUCAAUUUGUCGAAAGGUGUUGGCAAAAAAUUGAAAUAAUGAAGAAUGAACUAGAAAAAAUAGACCUGAACAUUGAUAAAAUUAUUAAGUUUCAGCACUUUCAGCAAAAGUGUAAAAAAGCAGCAGAAAAUGGAACAACUGAUGAUGAUGCACAACGGACAAAGACGUGGUUAGAAGGAGUCUUGGACAAAGUCGAACAAAAAUUGAAUGAUCUGUUGAAAAAAAAGGAUGAAUUAGAACAAAACAUUAAACAAAUAUUUGAUAUACCUGAUAUGAAAAAAUAUCAUUAUCGUCUUAAAGCAGUUUUAGUUCAUAAUGGACAAUCAGGGCAAGGAAAUCACUGGGCUUAUAUAUGGGUUUCAAGAUGUAGCAAAUCAGAUAAUCGUAUUCCUAAUACCAUGGAUGAUGGUAAUUGGAUGAAAUUCCAAGACAAUAGCGUAGAAGAGGCAAUUGAAAACACGGUGCUUAACGAACCGGGAAUUUAUCAUUCGAGUCACAGUGUCUACACACUUUUUUAUGUAAAUGCACAAUUUGAUUACAAUUUUUCAAACCUUGAGGAAGUUAUUCCUGAUACACUCAAGGCUUUUGUAGAAAAAGACAAUCAAAUACUUGAGGAAGAAAUAGGUAAUCAAAUCCGACGUGCAGAGUUAGCAGACAAUAAUAAUGCUAUGGAAGGUACAUGGGAAUCAGAUUCUACUGCAUGUGGAGGAUCAUCAGAUUCCGAAAAGAUUCAAGGCCGCAUCGAUACAAUAAAAGAUCAAGCAAAGUAUCUUAAAAUUCAUGAUGCACGAAUUUUGAAAAGUGACAUUGUUGCGGCCUUUGAUGAUUUUAAAGAGAUAGCACAAUAUAUUGUUGAAGGUUUAGAUCAUAUGAUAAAAAAAAGAGAAUUCGUUCAAGCGAUCCGUUAUUUUUAUAAAGCUAUACAACUUGAAAAUUCAUGGAUGAGAAAGAUGUCGACUAGUAUUCUUAAUGAUGAGGCUUUGGAACAUGCCAAGAAAGAUGGAUUAUUCAAACAGGCUAUUGAAGAGGCUACAUUUGUUCUAAAAACGUUUAUAGCAUUUGAUAAAACUUGUGGGUCGGAUGUUUUAUUUAACGAAUUUUUACAACAAUGGGUACAAGUACAAACGCAUGCAGAUAAAACAGAUAAAAUGCGUGAAAAUAUAAUUUCAGAAUUAGUUAACGAAUACUGUUUAGUUAUCGAUAUUGAUUACAAAGAUGAUCUGAAUAUUCCAUUUGACGAUGUGGAAGAUAUUCCCUUGGAUAAUGAAGAUACACUAUUUGAGAGAUACAGUCAACUAACAUGGAAAU